GACACUUCCCGUGACAGUGACUCUCCCUUGACAGUCCUGCUCAGUUCAGUCUCACCACCAGCACCCAGUGUCUGCGGUCCCUGCACAUGGACCUGUGCCGCGUCCCUGUCACCCGGGAGAAGGGCUGGUACCUUGCACUGAUGGCCUCCAACAUCAAAGGUCCCAACUAUGCCUGGCUGGACCCCUCCCGGCUCUACUGCCACCCGCAAGGCUUGCAGGACUGCCUGGCCGACCUGCUGCAGCCCUUCCAGGGAGACCCCAUUGACAUGGUGGCUGGCAUCGAUGCCAUGGGCUUCAUCCUGGGUGCUGCCAUCGCUGCCAUGCUGCAGAAAGGCUUCCUGGCCAUCCGCAAAGCUGGACACCUCUGCGUGCAGACACUGACACAGCCCUACACCGACUACUCAGGCCGAGAGAAGGUGAUGGAGGUCCGCACUGAUGCUAUCUCACCAGGUCUGCGCAUCCUGCUGGUGGACCAGUGGGUGGAAACGGGGGGCACCAUGCGAGCGGCCAUCCAGCUGGUGGAGCAGCAGGGGGGGGUCGUGGCAGGCGUGGCUGCCAUCUGUAUCGAGGACAGCGAGGGUGGGCGGUGGAUCCAGGAGCGUUACAAGUGCUCCCACUGCAUCCCCCCCCCGCCUGCAGCCCUACUUUGACCGCCACCAGUUUGGCUGGGAAUGAUGGGAAGGCUGCAGUGACCUGUCCCCCCACGUCCCCCAGUGGGGCUGCUGGCUCCUUGGGGGUGGGAUGCCCAAACCAUCCACUACCCAGUUUGCCUUUCGCCAUACCCGAUGGCCACUCCCAGCAAAAUGGCAGCCAUCCUCCCCUGGCUC